GAAAGUUAACCUUGAACUUGACGAAUAUAAGCGAAACAACUCCGAAGAAUAAUUGGGGAAGAAAAGUAUGAUAAACAAUAGAAUAUUUGUUAUAAUGGUUUAUCAUUUUAAGAAUUUUUUCAACUAUUUUUGUAGCAUUUAAAAUAGAAGGGAAAAUAUUUUUAGUGGACUUUGGAAUCUGUUUAGCAAUAAUUAAACAAGAGAGGCUAUAAACGUUAGUCUAUUUCACAUCGACUUUAUAUUUAUAAAUACAAAUAUUACUCAAAAGAAAUAGUUUAAAAACAACAAAAAUUCAUAUUAAUAAAUUAAAUAAGAAUUUGUUUGAACAAACGAUGAAUCAGGGAUUUUAUAAACACAUGGCAGCCGCCUCUCUGUUUAAGAGAUGCGUUGUUUCUCCAAUUCAAUAUCGUUCAUGCAAUAGUACAGCAAGUUCUCGGCAAUCAAUUAAAGUUCAAGUAGAGGAUUAUGAUCAAAAAUGGGAGAAAAUCCGUACAGCAAAGCCUUUUUCUGAAUUUUUAACGGAUAAAUUUAAUAGAAAACAUAAUUAUUUGCGAAUAUCUUUAACCGAACGUUGCAAUUUAAGAUGUCAGUAUUGUAUGCCUGAGGAAGGUGUUCAAUUGACACCAAAGAAAAACAUUCUAACAUAUGAAGAAAUUAUUAAAUUGGCAACUAUAUUCGUAAAAGAAGGAGUAACAAAGAUACGAUUAACCGGAGGUGAACCUCUUGUCCAUCCAAAAAUUAUCAAUAUUAUUGGUUCUCUAAAUGAAUUGAAAAAUUACGGUCUUGAAGAUAUUGGUAUUACAACUAAUGGAAUCACUUUGAAAAGACAUUUACCAUCUCUAAAAGCUGCUGGAUUGACUCAUAUAAACGUUAGUCUAGAUUCACUAAUUCCAGCUAAAUUUGAGUUCUUCACAAGACGAAAGGGUCAUUCAAAGGUGCUUGAAAGUAUAGACACUGCCCUCAAUAUUGGAUAUAAACCAGUUAAAGUUAAUUGCGUAGUUAUGAAAAAUCAAAAUGAUGAUGAAAUAUUAGACUUUGUUGAAUGGACUAAAGAUAAGCAUGUCGACGUUAGAUUUAUUGAAUAUAUGCCUUUUGACGGAAAUAAAUGGAAUGACAAGAAAAUGAUUAAAUAUUCUGACAUGUUGAACAAAAUAAAAAAGUCUUAUCCGGAUGUCCAGCGUCAAGAUGAUGAGUUAUCGUCUACCAGUAAAACUUUCAAAAUACCCGGCUAUAAAGGAUCAUUUGGAUUCAUUUCCUCUAUGACAGAAAACUUUUGUUCUGGUUGUAACAGGCUAAGAAUAACAGCUGAUGGAAAUUUGAAAGUUUGUCUGUUUGGUAAUUCUGAGGUUGAUUUAAAAGAUCUUUUGAGGAAUGGUGGAACCGAAGAUGAAAUUUUGCAAAUAAUUGGAGCAGCUGUUGGCAGAAAGCACGCACGACACGCAGGUAUGUUCAAUAUACAAAAGAUGAAAAAUCGACCUAUGAUUUUGAUUGGUGGAUAUUGCCAUUCAAAAUCCAACAAUGAUGAAUACUAUACGCAAUAUAAUAAAAUAUUCCAAUCAACAAGUGAUAAUUACGAAGACCAUUAUAAUAACAUAUUCAAUCAGAGUAAAUUUUCUCAUACUGAUGAAGAGGGAAGAGCACAAAUGGUUAAUGUUGGAGAGAAAUCAGUUACAAAUCGUACCGCUCUCGCCUCUGGAAAAAUUCGUCUAAGUUCCGAAGCUUUUAGGCUUGUUGUUGAAAAUAAGCAUAAAAAGGGUGAUGUAUUAACUGUUGCUAAAAUAGCCGGAAUACAAGGAACAAAACAAACAUCAAAUCUAAUACCUCUUUGUCAUAAUAUUAAUUUGGAUGGCGUUGAUAUUAAUUUCGAUUUAGACAGGGAAAAUAAUGAAAUUGUUGUUCGUGUAUCUAUUGAGUGUCAUGCCAAAACGGGUGUUGAAAUGGAAGCCUUAGUCGGCGUGUCUACAUCAUUGUUAACUAUCUAUGACAUGAUUAAGGCGGUAGAUAAAACUGCUAUUAUAUUUGAUGUUAAAUUAGACAAGAAAUUCGGUGGUAAAAGCGGACUGUUUAUUAACAAAUAG